GUUGAUAUUUUCGUGAUUUUUGUUUCAGGAAAGUGCCAUGAAUGGCAGGCACAAGGUUGAGAAAAAAGUUGGGAGCUCCUGAGAUUGUUCCAGAUUAUCCAAUUCUUUCUGUUGACGACCUAGCAGAUCAAAUAGCUGAUGUUCUCAACUUUUUUGGUCUUAGUGCAGUAAUGUGCAUGGGAGUAGCUUCCGGGGCUUACAUUCUUACCUUAUUUGCUAUGAAGUAUAGACAACGUGUACUUGGUUUGAUACUUGUUUCACCUCUAUGCAAAGAACCAUCUUGGACUGAGUGGUUGUGCAACAAGGUCAUGUCAAAUUUACUCUAUUUUUGUGGCAUGUGCAGGGUGGCAAAGGAAAUGUUGCUGAAGCGGUACUAUAGCAAGGACAUUCGAGGUGGUGCUCAAUUCCCAGAGUCAGAUAUAGUUAAAGCUUGCCGAAGGAGGAAGCUGCACAAAUUCCCAGAAGAACUAGUAGGCUUCAUCUUCUGCACAAAAUUCUGCUUCAUCUUUAUUUCUUCUCCAAAAUCCCUGGUUGAAUCAUGGAUAAGAGCAUGUUAGCUGGUUUUGAAUCACUUCUAGAAGCUGAUCAGCAAAGAAUGGCAUCCAUGAUGGAAUAGGUUCAAAUUUGUGACAGGUACCUCCUCUUCACUCUAUCUGUUAACUAAUUUCAUGUGUUUUGAUUUGUGCUUCAUGUUCCUAAAAUUCUAAGUUAGGUCAGCACAAAUAGUUUUAAUUGGGACAAGGUUUGAAGGUUUAUGCUUAUAUCUUGAGUGCUAUCCAUUUCUAUAAACACAGCCUGCAGAUUCCCAUAGAUUUCUGAUUUGCUGUCUUUCUGCUUAUAUCUUGAGUGCUAUCCAUAUCUAAUUUAUGUUGUUAUUACUUGAGUUUUCUUUUUUAAUUAUUGUAGUUAACUUAUUAUUACUGUGAUUCUAUUCUGUUGGUUGAUUCUAUUAGUUGAUUCAUGUUCUUGUUAUUUUUCUUUUUCCAUAUUUUUUUAACUAUGAUUUUCUAUUUAGGUUGUUACUAUGAUUUCUAUACUGCGUGAUUUUUCUGUUGCCAUCAUCUUCUAACUGCUUCUCACUACUCACCCAG